AAUAAUUUUCUAAUUUCAGAUUGUGUUAUGGACCACCGGCUGAUCCAGCCGGCAAGCAGGGAUCAAAUAGUGGCAAUUAUCAGACAACGAGCAGAGCGAGCAAAUAGAGAUAUUCCUGUUCAUUUAGGACAGGCAGUGUUUGAUCGGGAUAUUAGAGCACAACUCCAGGUUCUGUUCCCUGCCCCUCCUUUCUUUGAUUUCCACGGGAGAGAGAGGGUGAGGGACGGAGACAGACCUCCUGUGUAUAGACAGGCUGCACUUCCGCCCGAGGAAGAAUUAAAACCCAGACUGGAACGCCUUAUCCAAACCGAGAACAACUUCAAGUACGCUGGGGAUAAAGGAUCUCCGGGUACCUUUAUAGCAGGGAUACCAUUGAGCCCGGAGAAACCUUACUUUGAGCUUGAACUAGUGAAUGCUGGUAACUCGGGAGUACCUGUUUGUGGACCAAUAAUAGGACUUUGCUCUCAUAAAUAUCCUUUAGAUCUUUUACCAGGUUGGAGUGGUGAGAGUAUAGGAUUAAACACAGCAGAUGGAAAAAUUUACAAGGGUCGACCACGAGGUCAAGUUAACGGAGGAAAGUUCAUGACCGGAGACAGGGUCGGAUGUGGAGUAAAAUUUGAAAAUAUCUCAGGAUUAAAUGUUUCCUUAAUCCCAGUUUUCUUCACUAAAAACGGAAAAGAGAUUUGUACAACGUUCAUGCCGUGUCCUCCAGGAGGUUUAUUUCCGGCCUUUGGUCUACAGAAGGAACCUGAGGAGGUUAGGUUAAUGAUGGAUCUGGUAUGGAACCCUGAAGAUGAUGUUGCAAUGUCUAUUGACUCUGGGGAGGAGGAAUGGCACCGGUUACAUGAUAUUAGGCUCAACGGCCAACUGUUAGAAUAUGUUGGCCGAGGAAAAUCUUUAAUAGAUGUUGGAUUAGCUCAAGCCAAAACUCCGCUCUGCACUAGAUCACAUUAUUUUGAAAUAGAGAUUAUAGAUCCUGGAUCCAACUGCUAUAUUGCUAUCGGAUUAGCUAGGAAGGAUUAUCCUAAGAACAGACACCCUGGCUGGAAUAAAGGAAGUAUAGCCUAUCAUGCAGACGAUGGAAAGGUGUUCAUGGGGAGCGGAGUUGGUGAUCCUUUCGGACCUAGAUGCAAUAAAGGAGAUAUUAUGGGUUGCGGAGUUCUCUUCCCACGAGAUUAUGAGUUUAGGUCUGAUAGUGAGGAGGAGGAGGAGGGAGAGAGUCUCCAGGAGGUUGUAUAUAGUCUAGGGGAGGAGACAGAUAGCGGGGAUGAAGAUGAUUACUGGCAACCCAAUAAUAAACAAGGAGAGAAAAUUCAAGUGUUUUUCACCAGAAACGGGAAAGUUAUCGGAAAGAAGGACGUUUUUCUCCCAAAAGGAGGUUUUUAUCCUACAGUGGGAAUGAUGAGUUCUCAGGAGAAGGUUCGGGUUGAGCUCCGACCACUCUCUGGUUGAAAAUAAUUAGCUGUGAUCCCUUCAUAUUUUUCAUAAUCAUCUCUUAAUUAGAGAAUCCAACCACUCUAGAGAAAUGUUUAUUACCGUCAGUUCUAAUCGAUACCUUGAGUAAUAAUUGAAAAGAAAACUCAAUAUCGUUCCAACCUAGCUUCUAAAACCUGGUGACUAAUACAGACAGAGGGCGUUGAGAGCGCUCUUCAGAUUUAAGGUUUAUGUUGCAGUUUUCUUUCUACAAUUUACGACAUUGCAUGAUAAGUGAAAGAAUAUCUUAGAACUUGACGCCCAUUUCAAGUUGCUUCCGCUUAAAAAAAAAACUCAAAAUGCAUAAAAACUGAACAAUACUUUUUGGAUGAUGGAAAAAAUAAUAUUUUUUUUGCAAUAUUUUCAUCUGCGUCAGGUCAUGGAUUCCAAGUACCUUCGUCCUUCAUGUUAUAAUUCGUAUUCCCGUUUAUUUAUGCAGUUUAUUUCUUGUUAAGAUAUCAAUACUUUAGUGUACUAAUUUACAUAUAUAUAUAUAUAUAUAUAUAUAUAUGUACAUCAUAACAAUUGUAAAUAUAAAACUAUGUCAAAAACUGAAAGUAAUAACAAACUCUGGUUGAAAAUACCUAUGUUUGAGUUCAAUAGCAAGCUAAAAUUACCCUCAUUCUAUUAGAACAAAGGAUAAUAAUAAGAAAGUGAUAAAUAAAUUUAACCAUAAAUUA